AUGGCGACUGUCGCACCACGUCCCGGCGUGCCUUCUGACAAUGUAGCGGCUGGGAACGCUACAGAGAAAGAGCCGCAGCCAGCGACACCUGCGCAAAUGGCCGAGAUUCGGCGUCUCGUGCAAAUCAUUGCACGUCUUUUUUACGACGAUGGACAUAUCCUCCUUUUGGACCAACUUGUAAGUAUCCCUGCGAUCCCCGCCGAAGUGCUGGCCAAACGUGUGGGGCUGCAAGCUCGCGAUCUAGGCUCCUUGGCUGCUAAGCUAGUGGAAGACCGUAUUGUCUCUGUGUACCGGUGUCAAGAGACACGUGAAGGACCGUUUCAACGAGCCGUCGCACGGACAUACUACUACAUCGACUACAAACUCUUCCUGGACGUGACAAAAUGGCGAAUGAUGGCGAUGCGGCGGGAUAUUGAUACCAAACUACGCAACGGCCUCGACAAUAAAGGCUACGUCUGCCCACGCUGCCGCCGCUCGUAUACCACGCUGGAAGUCGCCCAUCUAUUGGAUCCGUUCCGUAAUAUGUUUAUCUGCGAAGUGCCUGGCUGUGGCACGGAGCUGGUCGACAAUGAAGAUGCGGAAGAUGUGCGCAAGUCCAAAGAUACAUUGACACGAUUCAACGAGCAGUUGACUGUGGUCCAAAAAGCGCUACGUAGCGUGGAAGGCGUCGCUUUGCCGCCGAUGAAUAUCCAUGGAUGGCUCGCGAAAAACAGCGCAACACCCCCGUGGCAAAAGGAGAUGGCACGCAACGAUAUGGCUUUGGAACCAGGCGCGACCCCUGCGCCAGCUCGCCAGGCGCCAGCUGUGCGUGUGGAGAUGGCGGGCGAUACCGAGCGCGAAUCGCAACUGCAACGAGAGCAACGGGCUCUUGAAGAAGAAAAACAGCGUGCACAAAACACCUUGCCCUCCUGGCACUUGUCUUCGACUGUCAGUGGCGAGCGCACAGGGCUGGGACACGCUGCCGAUCCUGCACGACGUCCUUCGGACCUCCACAACGAAGCGCCCAAGGAGGUCGCAGUGGAUGUCGAUACGCAGGCUGAGGCCGAUUUGGAUUAUUAUGCACGGUAUACCUCGCAAUUGGACGAAGCAGCGGCCGGGACUAAACGCGAGGCAGAGGCGAUGGUCGACGAAGAAACGGCCGCGUCUGCCAAGCGCGCCAAGGCCAACGACGAUGCGGCCGACGACGACGACGAUAUGGACGAUAUGGAAGAUGUGAUUUAA